GCUAGCGGCGACAGCAGCAGCUAAUCACGGAUGCCUGUACGUGAACUUUAGCGUGUAGUUAGCUCACAACUUUACAACUGAACUCUGGAUGCAACAGCUUUACCGUUAGUCCGGUUCAGUCAGAGACAAUAAGGAGGUGAGCAGCUGACUGAAGUUGCUUUCCGCCGGGCAAGAGAACUGUUGCUUCUGGAGGUUCCUGUGUGAAGAAGCGUCUCCAGACUCGUCCAUGUGAUCUCUCAGAGCCAGACCUCCUCUGUCCUGAUCUUGACUUUCUACCUCAACACACGUGGAGCCCACUCCCUCUCAUCUACCUCGUGUUCCUCUACCUCAACACAUUCUACGUAGCCGUUAUCAGCCAGCCUCAGAAUCACCGUCGGACUCAUUACUUUAUCACCAGGUUCUCAGGCGUCAGUCAUCUAGCGACAGUGCAACACAGUAGACUCUGGUUUCUUCCUGCUGUAAUCGCCAGCUUGGGGGAGGAGCCACCCGGAAGCAGCCAUGUUUGGCGGUGGCUUGUGAUGAGCAAGCCCUGCGUCGGACCUGAAGAAGAGGACGCAGAGGGGCGGGGCGACAGAGGCGUUCCUUGGUUUGUGGUUGGCUGUGGGGAUGACGAGCAGGACAUGGGUCAAAUGGAGGCAGGCAUGAAGAACGAGAUGUUUCGAGAAGAAGACAUGGACGACUAUGACGAUGAGUCGCCCCCAGAGCGACAGAUCGUGGUCGGCAUAUGUGCCAUGAUGAAGAAGUCCAAAUCCAAACCCAUGACUCAGAUCCUGGAGCGACUCUGUAAGUUUGACUACAUCAACAUGGUGAUCUUUCCCGAGGAGGUGAUCCUGGAGGAGCCUGUGGAGAAAUGGCCGCUCUGCGACUGCCUCAUCUCCUUCCACUCCAAAGGUUUCCCCCUGGACAAAGCUGUGGAGUACGCCAAGCUCAGGAAUCCACUGCUCAUCAACGACCUCAACAUGCAGUAUUUCAUACAGGACAGGAGGGAAGUGUACCGGAUCCUCCAGGAGGAGGGCAUUGAAUUGCCUCGUUAUGCUGUGUUGAACCGGGACCCCGACAAUCCUGAAGAGUGUAACCUGGUGGAGGCGGAGGACCAUGUGGAGGUGAACGGGGAGGUGUUCCCUAAACCCUUCGUGGAGAAACCCGUGUGUGCAGAGGACCACAAUGUCUACAUCUAUUACCCAACGUCUGCUGGAGGGGGCAGCCAGAGACUCUUCAGAAAGAUAGGGAGUCGUAGCAGUGUGUACUCCCCGGAGACCAGCGUACGAAAAACUGGAUCCUACAUCUACGAGGAGUUUAUGCCCACGGAUGGUACCGAUGUGAAGGUUUACACAGUGGGUCCAGACUACGCCCACGCGGAGGCCCGGAAAUCUCCCGCCCUGGAUGGAAAGGUGGAGCGGGACAGUGAGGGAAAGGAGAUCCGUUACCCCGUCAUGCUGACCGCCAUGGAGAAACUGGUGGCCCGCAAGGUCUGCCUGGCCUUCAAGCAAACAGUGUGCGGGUUCGACCUGCUCAGAGCCAACGGCCACUCCUUCGUCUGUGACGUCAACGGCUUCAGCUUCGUCAAAAACUCCAUGAAAUACUACGACGACUGCGCCAAGGUCCUGGGGAACAUGGUGAUGAGGGAGUUAGCCCCCCAGUUCCACAUCCCCUGGUCCAUCCCCAUGGAAGCUGAAGACAUCCCCAUCGUCCCAACAACCUCAGGAACCAUGAUGGAGCUGCGCUGCGUUAUCGCCAUCAUCCGCCAUGGAGAUCGCACACCGAAGCAAAAGAUGAAAAUGGAGGUCCGACAUCCUUUAUUCUUUGAGUUGUUUGAGAAGUACGGAGGCUACAAGUCAGGAAAACUAAAGCUGAAGAAGCCAAAACAACUACAAGAAGUGCUGGACAUCGCCCGCCUGCUGCUGGCUGAACUGGGCCAGCACAACGACUGUGAGAUCGAGGAGAAGAAAUCUAAAUUGGAGCAACUCAAGACUGUCCUGGAGAUGUACGGCCAUUUCUCAGGUAUCAACAGGAAAGUCCAGCUGACCUACCUGCGUAACGGCCAACCUAAAGCCUCCAGCGAAGAAGAAGACUGUAAGAAGGACGGCCCGUCUCUGCUGCUGGUGCUGAAGUGGGGCGGCGAGCUGACGCCUGCAGGCCGGGUUCAGGCUGAGGAGCUGGGCCGGGCCUUCCGCUGCAUGUACCCUGGAGGUCAAGGUGACUAUGCCGGGUUUCCAGGCUGUGGCCUCCUGCGCUUGCACAGCACUUACCGCCAUGACCUGAAGAUCUACGCCUCUGACGAGGGCCGGGUGCAGAUGACCGCGGCUGCUUUCGCGAAGGGUCUGCUGGCUCUAGAAGGGGAGUUGACUCCGAUCCUGGUUCAGAUGGUGAAGAGCGGCAACAUGAACGGGCUGCUGGACAGUGACAGCGACUCUCUGACCGACUGCCAACAGAAAGUGAAGGCCAGGCUGCAUGAAAUCAUGCAGAAGGGCCAGGAGUUCACAGAGGAGGACUAUAAGAAGUUGGCACCAACUGGCAGCCCAUCGCUGGUGAACUCAAUGAAAGUCAUUCAGGAUCCAGUCAAAACCUGUGACAAGGUGUACGCCCUCAUCCAGAGCCUCAACUCACAGAUUCGCAAGAGACUGGAGGACCCCAAGUCUGCAGACCUUCAGCUGUACCACAGCGAGACGUUGGAGCUGAUGCUGCAGCGCUGGUCCAAACUGGAGAGAGACUUUCGCAUGAAGAACGGCCGCUACGACAUCAGCAAGAUCCCGGACAUCUAUGACUGCAUCAAAUACGACUCGCAGCACAACGCCUCGCUUGGACUGGAGGACACGCUGGAGCUGUUCAGACUGUCCCGCGCCCUGGCUGACAUCGUCAUACCGCAGGAGUACGGCAUCAGCAAAGCAGAGAAACUCGACAUCGCUCAGGCUUACUGUGUUCCUCUGAUGAAGAAAAUCCAGCUGGACAUGCAGAGGACCCACGAGGACGAGGCCGUUAACAAGCUGCACCCGCUGUAUUCUCGCGGCGUGAUGUCUCCCGGUCGUCACGUCCGCACGCGUCUCUACUUCACCAGCGAGAGCCACGUCCACUCCCUGCUGAGCGUCUUCCGCUACGGAGGGCUGCUGGAUUACCAGGAUGAGAAGGACCAGCAGUGGAAACAGGCCAUGGACUACCUGAGUGCUGUGACUGAGCUCAACUACAUGACACAGAUAGUCAUUAUGCUGUAUGAAGACAACAAUAAGGACCCGUCCUCAGAGGAGCGUUUCCACGUCGAGCUUCACUUCAGUCCAGGAGUCAAAGGGUGCGAAGACGAGGAGAACGUACCUCUUGGCUUUGGCUUCCGCCCGGCGUCCUCAGAGAAUCAAGACAAAAAGCCCAAUCAGGGCAGUCUGGAGGACCUCUCCCAGGACCAGCUGGACCAGGCAGUUCCGCUCUCUGAGCCAAUCAACAUCCAGCGAAGGUCCCCCAUGAUCCGCAACCGGAAGACGGGCUCCAUGGAGGUCCUCUCUGAGACCUCCCCCACCCAGUCCUCCAAAGGCAGCACCUCCCACCGACUCUUCCCCUCGGGUUCGCGCCAGUCUCCCGAGAUCAAACCAGCCAGUGGCCUAGGUGGGCACCUCAUUUCUGGGUCGCUCUGCUCUGGCCUCUUCAGUGCCUCCGCCCUCGGGGUGUCCUGUAGCGCCCCCAACCUGCGGGACUACGUCCGCACGCACCACCACCUCCACCGAAAACCACCCCUGUCCCCCGGCAGUCUGCCGUGCCAGAUUGGCAUGUUUGAGCUGUUCUCUAUGCCGCCAGUAAAGAGAUUUUCUGUGUCGUUUGCCAGGCAUCCGACUAAUGAGCCCUCAGACGAGCUCCAUGUAGUCCAGCUGCUGGGGGGGCUCCCCGCUGAGGCGUCCCUGCUGGGGUUUGCCCCUCUGGCUGUGGACGCUACCGUAGCCCUCCACCUGCGCCACUGUCCCUACCACCGUCGCCUCCUCAAGAGCUGGCUGAGGUCUGGUCAGGAGCUCCCAGAAUCCCUCCACGGCUUUGAAGGCUGCUCCAUGGUGCCCUCUAUCUACCCGCUGGAGACGCUGCACAACUCGCUGUCCCUGAAGCAGGUGGACGAGUUCCUCAACAAGGUGUGUGAGAGCAGCAGCGAGGCCCACGCCAAGACCAUGAAAGCGCUCUCCAGCCUGUUUGACUCUCAGAGCCAGACGUCUCUCUACAGCCCUCAGCAGCCGCUGUCCUCCUCUGGCUCUGAAACGUCUCUACGGCCGCCAAGCCAGCCUCUGUGGCAUGGCAGUAUCCCCUCCAGUGCCGUAUCCAGUGCGGGUCCCUCCUCCCCGAUCGCAGAGAGCUCCGGUCUGAACUUCAGCUUCAGUGAGUAGACCAUCUGUGGAAAAGAAAGGACUUCUGGGUAUCUAACGGCACGAUCUGAGGACCUCGGUGUGUCUGCCUCUCCAUUCAUCUUUUCCUCCGUCCUUCUGCUCACAUUCACACAUAAAAACAAACACUGGAGGAGACGCUGCUUCUGGAGAGAAGCCACGGUAUUACAAAACACUCCGACUGUAAAUAUCACCACUCCGACUGUGCAUGGACACUUCAGCUGCACACACGUGAUCACCACAAGAGAGAAAACACCGGACCAUCAGCGCUUUUAAAAUCUCUCAUCACCUCCAUCCGCCUCCUCAGUUCGUCAACACAUUUGUGAAAACGGCUCCGACUGAGUAACGAGCAUCAAGCCAACAUUUAAGACCAGUUGUGCCUUAAGCUCAAUUUGGAUGCUGCCUACGUUAAAACAACAACAACAACAACAACAACAGUGCCUGUUUUUUUGCAAAUAUAUUUGUAAAAUAUCUCACACACCAGCUGCCUCGUCUCUGACUUUAGGUACGUCUGAAAUGCCUUUCAGACUUUGAGUCAAAGUGUCGGCUGGCGUUCAUUUGCAUCUGAAAUACAUUUUUUGCCAAUCACAGCCCACCCUGAAACUAAACAAGCUGUUGUGUUUUUUUACUUCUAGUGAGAUUUAGUAUCGUGUAAUCAAUUUGACUUGCAAAUGUCUGCACGUACUGCAGGCUGACAGUUGAGGCUUUUGGACAUUUCGGCAAAUUCACUGUUGUUGUUGAGAGUUAAGAUGAGACGAUCGAUGUUUUCGUUGUUCUAUGAAUACUGCUAUUAAAUUAAACAAUUUUCUAUGUAAAACUCAAACAUUAGUGUUGAACCCUGGUACCUACAUCUAUGAAGAGUUAAACACUGUAAUUUGGAUAUAAGCCCCGUAAUUGUGAGCCUGGACGUAGACGAGGAAGUCAGGUGACGGAGCCACAAAGUCGGCAAACACAGGACUUUCACCCAUGAGACCGAUAAUCAAGUCAACGUUGACUUAUUUUACCGCCAACUGCAUGAGUCACGUAAAACAAAUGUACUUAUUCAACCUCAACCUAACCCAACACCACCUCUGAUCGUAUCGCUGGACGUUAGAGAAUCAACUGUUGUAUGAGGACACUUUGAUCUUCUCACUCUUUCUAAGAAAGCAAAUAAACGUGUUCCUCCAAACGUGACGCUAUUCCUCUUAAGACGAAAACAAAGAGGCUGGUGCAGCACGAUGAUAUCCGGUAAUAUUAAGAUGAACGUCAUGCAGUCAUGAGGAAUUAUUCCCAUGAAUCAUCAGGGUUAUGAGCUCAUCGUGUUGGUGCUCGGUACCUUUGUUAACCAGAUGUUUGCAUCAACUCGAGCCAGCUUCAUCAAACUGUUUUCAAGGAUUGUCUGCUGUUGAAUGGAAACACAGUUCAUCUGUGAAUGUGCCUUUUUAAAUGAAUAUCCAGCGUAUUGUCGGGGGUCUCCUGCUGUAUUUUUAUUUCAGAAUCAAAGGAGAGAACCACUUGAUUAUGUAAAUGGUAUUUUUACAUAAACUACUGACGACUGUAGCUUUGUCAGUCGAUGCUGAAUUGUGACUGUUGUGUGUUUUAAUGUAAAAUGAAUGAAAUGUUUCUACUGAUUGAUUGAGUGAUGCUCAGGUAGACACGUCAUGAAUCUACGGAUGGAAAUUUGUUUUUAUCAACAUGUGACUGAACUUUGGGGCCAUUUCACUUUCAAUUACUUCUAAAAUUUAUAAAUUCAGUUGCUGAAUUUACUUUAAACUCCAAAUAAAUAUGUUUAUUACUUUGACCGAAACCUUUUUAAGAGAGUUUAAGCUGUAUCAUAAAACAAUGACUUGCAGUUUUAUUUUUUACAGUAAAGCUCUGAUUACGGGCAUUACGUUCAGGCAGAACUGUCACAACAAAACGAGAAACAAAACGACUCAAAACCUGGAAACACCCGCUGGAGAACAAAGAGUUUAGUUUAGAUUUCAAAAGGACUAAAGGUUGGCUGUUGUAGGUCAUUUUAGUUGUGUAUUUAUGUAAGUAUUUAAUGUCAACCAAAGAGGAGGAAGAGGAGUGGUUUUGUGUGCUGGAGAACAAAAUGGACGUUUAAUGUGUAAAAUAAAAUAUUUCUGUCAAUCUC